AUGAGCUCCGGGGGGAAAACCUGCGUGUUUCUGUUGCUGCUUAAAAGUGUCCUGUCGGACCCUGGAGCCACGAACCAAGUGGUUCUGUUGGACACUACAACAGUGCUGGGAGAACUGGACUGGAAGACCUAUCCUGUCAAUGGGUGGGAUGCGAUCACAGAGAUGGACGAGCAGAACAGACCCAUUCACACCUUUCAGGUCUGCCACGUGAUGGAGCCAAACCAGAACAACUGGUUGCGGUCUGGAUGGAUCCAGCGGCAGGCAGCACAGAGGGUCUACGUGGAGAUGCGUUUCACACUGAGGGACUGCAACUCCAUCCCCUGGGUGUCUGGUACCUGUAAGGAAACCUUCAACCUGUUUUAUCUGCAGACAGACGAGUCUCUCCCCGCGGCGACAAGGUUUCGCCCUCUCGACUAUGCCAAGGUGGACACCAUCGCGGCAGACGAGAGUUUCACACAGACAGAUCUGGGAGAUCGUGUCCUCCGCCUCAACACGGAGGUCAGGGAGGUGGGGCCUGUGACACAGAAGGGCUUCUACCUGGCGUUCCAGGACGUGGGCGCCUGUAUUGCUCUUGUGUCCGUGAAGGUCUUCUACAAACGCUGCCCAUCGACUUUACGGAACCUUGCAGCCUUUCCCAACACGGUGCCGCACAUGGACUCGUCCUCUCUGGUGGAGGUGAGGGGAGCCUGUGUGGAGAAUGCAGAAGAAAGAGACACACCCAAAUUGUACUGUGGCGCUGAUGGCGACUGGCUGGUUCCAUUGGGCCGCUGUGUCUGCAGUAUUGGCCACGAGGAGACGGAUGGCUACUGCCGGGCUUGCAGGCCUGGAUCCUUCAAGGCGUUCGCCGGGAACACUAAAUGCUCCAAGUGUCCUCUGCACAGCUCCAGCCACGACCAGGCGGCCACCAUGUGCCACUGUGAUAAAGGCUUCUACCGGGCCAUUAUAGACCCCUCCACUCUGCCCUGCACAAGGCCUCCGUCAGCUCCCAGGAACCUGGUCUCAUUGAUCAAUGACACGGCGCUCUUCCUGCAGUGGAUGCCUCCCGGUGACACAGGCGGCAGGAAGGACAUCACUUACAACAUCCUGUGCCAGCGCUGUGAGGGAAGCGACAGCGACAGUGGCGUGACUCAGUGUGAGCCGUGCGAGGCCGAUCUGCGCUUCAUCCCACGGCCACAUGGUCUGACCGGCAACUCUGUGGCCAUACUGGAUUUUGCGAUGCACACCAACUACACUUUCCACGUAGAGGCCAUGAACGGUGUGGCCGGGCUGGGUGUGGCCGCGCGCUCACUGGCGAAUAUUACCGUCAACACGCAUCAAGCCGGUCCAGCUCUGGUGGGCGUCAUCAGAAAGGACUCGGCCACUCCAAACAGCAUCGCUCUCUCCUGGUCGGAAGUGGAACUGCCUCCUUCCGACAUAGUGGAUUAUGAGAUCAAGUACUUUGAGAAGGAUCAAGAGCAGCUGAGCUACUCGUCGACACGCACCAAAUCCCCCAGCGUGGUGGUCACAGGCCUCAGACCCUCGGCAGUGUACGUCUUCCACGUGCGCGCUCGCACUGCUUCUGGUUACACCGCCUACAGCCCCAACUUUGAGUUUGCUACUGCAGCAGAGGAUCCUGAUAUCGCUGAUCAGGGUCAAGUUCUGGUGGUCGUCACUGCGGCUGUAGGAGGUUUCUCCCUGUUGGUCAUCCUCACCCUCUUCCUCCUCAUCACUGGACGGUGUCAAGGUUACAUUAAAGCCAGGAUGAAGUCCGAGGAGAAGAGGAGGACUCGCUUCCGCAGUGGACAUGUCCCCUUUUCUGGAAUAAAGACGUACGUGGAUCCAGACACGUAUGAAGACCCCACUCAGGCUGUGGAGGAAUUUGCCAAAGAGAUAGACCCCUCGUAUAUCUGCAUCGAAAGAGUGAUCGGUACAGGUGAAUUUGGAGAAGUGUGUAGUGGUCGAUUGCGUGUCCCUGGAAGGAUGGACAUCGCCGUGGCAAUAAAGACACUGAAAGGCGGUUAUAUGGAUCACCAGCGGAGAGACUUUUUACGUGAGGCCUCGAUCAUGGGACAGUUCAACAACCCCAACAUCAUCAGGCUGGAGGGGGUCGUCACUAACAGCAGACCAGUGAUGAUAGUGGUGGAGUUCAUGGAAAAUGGAUCACUUGACUCUUUCCUGCGGACUCGUGACGGUCAGUUCACCGUGCUCCAGCUGGUCGGCAUGCUGCGCGGCAUCGCAGUGGGCAUGGACUACCUCUCAGAUAUGGGUUACGUUCACAGAGACCUAGCCGCCCGCAACAUCCUGGUGGACGAAAGCUUGGUGUGUAAAGUGUCUGAUUUCGGGAUGUCCAGAAUCCUUGAAGAUGACAGUGAAGCAGCCUACACUGCAACAGGAGGAAAGAUACCGAUACGCUGGACGGCACCGGAGGCCAUCGCUUACGGAAAGUUUUCUUCAGCGAGCGAUGUGUGGAGCUACGGCAUUGUCAUGUGGGAAGUGAUGUCCUACGGCGAGAGGCCCUACUGGGAGAUGUCCAAUCAAGAUGUCAUCUUAUCUAUUGAAGAGGGCUACCGCCUGCCAGCACCGAUGGGCUGCCCCGUGACACUUCACCAGCUGAUGCUGCACUGCUGGCAGAAGGAGUCCAGCCUGCGGCCACCCUUCGGCGACGUGCUCUCUUUCCUCGACAAACUCAUAAUCAAUCCCAGCAGCCUGCUGACGUUGGUGAAUGAUGUUCAGAGUUUUUCCGAGUCUCCGGAGGACAUGCCAGACUACCCCCUGUUCAUCUCCAUCGGUGACUGGCUCGACUCCAUCAAAAUGUGCCAGUACAAGAACAACUUCCUGGCAGCAGGAUACACAACACUGGAUUCCAUUUCAACCAUGAGUAUAGACGACAUCAGGCGUAUUGGGAUCUGUUUGAUUGGUCACCAGAGGAGAAUCAUAAGCAGCAUACAGUCUCUGCGCCUGCAGCUUCACCACAUCCAACAGAGUGGCUUUCAAGUGUGA